UUUCUCUCAAACUUCACUAUGACAAGCAAUAAUCUGGUGAUUAUUAUCAGCUUGGCAAUAGCUUUUGCAGGAGUACUGCUGCCUACAAAUGUUAAUGGUCAAAAUGGUGUUUCAGUGCCUGAUAUUGUUACACCAGACUUCUUUAAUAGCAUAAUCAAUCAAGCUCCUGCAAAUUGUCCCGGAAAGAGCUUUUACUCUAGAGAUGCAUUUCUUGGUGCUCUUAAUUCUUAUCCUCAAUUCGGAAAACUUGGUUCUGAUGAUGAUUCUAAACGUGAAAUCGCGUCGUUUUUUGCUCAUACCACUCACGAGACUGGAUUCUUUUGCAAUAUAGAGGAGCAAAAUAUUGGCAACGAAAUAUACUGCGACACUACAAGACCGGAUUAUCCAUGUGUUCAAGGAAAGAGAUACUACGGACGAGGUCCGAUUCAGCUAACAUGGAAUUACAAUUACGGAGCAGCGGGACAAAACAACAACUUUGACGGAUUAAACAACCCAGAAAUUGUAGCAACUGAUCCUAAUGUUUCAUUCAGAACUGCAUUAUGGUAUUGGAUGCAAUAUGUCCGUCCUUCUGUUUCCCAGGGCUUCGGAGCUACGAUUCAAGCCAUUAAUGGCCCGGUCGAAUGUGGCGGAAAAGAACCGGCGAAAGUUCAAGCUCGUAUUGAUUUGUACACUACAUAUUGCGGCCAAUUUGGUGUGUCCCCUGGGCCUAACCUCGGAUGCUAGAUCGGUAUAUUAUUAUACGCCAUGCGUCCAGUGUUAUAUAUGAUAUGAGUGCUUAUAGUGAUUUUCUUAAAUAAGAUUUGCACCCUUUUGUUAUGUUGAAUGGUGCAAUAUUGUACAAUACUCUACUAUUUAAUACAAAUAAAAAAUAUUAUGUUA